AAAUUUUUGUUGUCCGCUAAUUCUUCGUUGGAAAGUUAGCAGAAAGAGUAAUUUUUUCCGUCGAAUUUGAUCAAAAAAACGCGUUGACACUUACACACCAAUCUUUCGAUGCUUCCGAAGAUUUUAAGGAAACCCUAUUUUCUUAUCGUUGUUCAUCUUUCGUCUGCACUUUUGGAUAUCCAACCAUUCACUGAUUCUCUCUCUAUCUCUGGAUCUGCUUGGUUACUCUGGUGCGGCAGCCAUGGAUGAUGUGAAAGAUAAGAUGAAAGGGUUGUUUAAGAAGGUCAACAAUUCGUUAUCCUCUUCUUCUUCUGGGAAAUUCAAGGGCCAAGGUCGAGUCUUGGGUUCGUCUUCUUCUUCUGAACCCACAAAUCCGAAACCGAAUCCGGUUCGUCCACGGCUACUCUCCGAUUCAAGACCCAGUCAGUCGACGAUUUCGAGACCUCAGCCAGAGAAAACUAGUGGGUCAUAUCCGGAAUCCAAAGUUUCUGAAUCUGGUUCUGUCUCGAGCUCAAAUGGUGAACAAUCAGACGGAUUUGAUCCAUUCAAUUCACUCAUCACUUCUGGUAAGAGAAACCCAAAUGGAUAUUCUCUGAAUAUUAUCGAGUGUCCUGUCUGCGGCCUAGGUUUUGGAUCUGAGGAAGAGGUAUCUGAUCAUGUUGAUAGUUGUUUAAGUAAUUCUAAUGUAGGAUCACAAACCCUUAAUGAUAAUCAAGAGCUACCAGUAGUUGUUGUUCCUUCCACAGAGGUGCACAAUGAAUUUGAAUCUUGUAUUGCCAAUUAUGUUUCUGGAAAACCUGCAGAUUCCUCUAAACAGGUUUUGAUUAGAUUGUUGAGUAAUAUAGUAAAAGAACCCGAGAAUUCAAAGUUCAGAAGGAUUCGUCUGGGGAAUCCUAAGAUUAAAGAAGCUAUUUGUGAAGCUGCUGGAGGUGUUGAUCUGUUGGAAUGUGUUGGUUUUGAACUUAAGGAAGAAGAUGGAGAGAUGUGGGCUGUAAUGGAUGUUCUUUCUCAAGAUAAAUUGGUUCUUGUUCAAAAGGCUGUUUCAUUACUUGAACCACCACCUCCAAAAGCUUCUCCUCCUCCUCCGGCCAAGGAAUUACCAGUUGUUCCUGAAAAGAUCGACAGACAGGUUCGUGUGUUCUUUUCAGUGUCGGAAAACAUAGCUGCUAGAAUUCACCUUCCAGAUUCUUUCUAUAACAUUUCCCCUGAAGAGGCAAGAAGAGAAGCUGAAAUGAGGAGGAAGAAGAUGGCUGAAUCACAACUUUUAAUCCCCAAGUCUUAUAAGGAACAGAAGGCACAAGCUGCUAAGAAGAGAUACACAAAAUCUCUUAUUCGGGUUCAAUUCCCAGAUGGGGUGGUUCUUCAAGCUGUAUUUUCUCCACGGGAACCAACUAGUGCUCUUUACGAGUUUGUGAGCUCAGCACUGAAAGAUCCCAGCUUGGAGUUUGAGCUAUUACAUCCUGUGGUAAUUAAAAGGAGAGUGAUCCCACAUUUUUCAACAGUUGGAGGGAAACCAGUAAGUCUCGAAGAUGAAGAACUUGUCCCGACUGCUCUUGUCAAGUUCAGGCCCAUAGAAACCGACGAUUCGGUCUUCACAGGUCUGUGUAAUGAACUUCUGAUGAAGAGUGAACCCCUCAGUUAAAAACAAAAAUCAUAUGUGAUUGUUCAAUAGUGUGAUAUUGCUGCUCAUUAGCUAUAUGAACACAAAUACCAAAUAAGUUUCGAAUAUUUUUUCUUAAAGGGUGAAACGUGUCAAGUAGGGGUCGAUCAUUUGACUUCCGCUUGAGAAAUUGAUACUAUGAAGAUUAAACUAGUUUCUUUGAACUAUUGCAAAUCUUUUAUUUA